AUGCAACUUCAUAGCAGCGCUACUGGCAGAUCAGCUGAGGUUAGCGGACAGUCUGCCAACCCCUUCUGCCCUGCAGAGAGCGCGGAAGAAGAAGACUGGUCUGCCAGCGAGGCAGCCGGCAGCGAAGCUGAGUUUGACUAUCGACAGUACAGGUAUCGCGAGGUGCUUGCUCGCAAGGAGGUUCCUGAAACUGGUGCGCGAAGAAGAAUUCGGCGCGGAAAUCGCUCAGCUCACACAGAAGCGACUUCCGAUGACGACGGUAUAAAUGCGGUCAACGCAUGGCCACUUUCUGAUGGCCAGUCCGAGCUUUGCAUUGCGAGCUGGGGCAGAUUGCUUUCAGAUGGGGAGGACAACGUGGAAGUCGCUUGUGAUGAGGAACUCCAAAGAGUUGCCAGUGUUUUGAUCCAGUUUUAUGGGCUUUGCCAUAAAGCCGUAAAGUUCAAAGGAUCCGUUCCCAACGUGCUCAUCGUCUCGCAGGAGGCAUGGAGGUGCAGGGAGAGAAGAGACAGCCAAGCUGAGGAACCGCCAGUUCUUUGGAUCAGAGGUGGCCGUGUCUAUGACUUUCACGGUGACCGCGGCACAGUGGCAGAAUUUGAGAACGAUCUGCUUGUGCGGCAAGUGGAAGAUGAUGCUAUAUGUCGCCAAAGGCGACAGAAGCAAGGGCUCAUGCCCUUUCCAUUUGCAGCGUUACCGAUCAAGGAGAAGGUUGUUGAGGAGCCAGACGACCCAGAACCUGCCGCUGGACGUGACGUCAGAAGGCGAGUCUGA